AACUUUGUUUUUUUUUUAUUGCUUUGCUGUUACUGGAAGUUGAAGUUUGUAUCCACAUGUGUCCGGACUCAGAAGCAACUGUAUCUAUGGUUGUAAAGAUCCACUUCUUAGUGGGACCCAUUUCUGACAUUUUGUUGUUGUGUCUACCCCCACAAACUUCUUUUCUAUUUGUUCUUUUAUCUUUUCCCAAAACUGAGUUGGUGACCAAAGUGGUAAAGACUUUCAGGCCUUUCUUCUUUAGUCUCCUCCAGAUUCUCUUUCUCGAUCAGCUCAGGUUCAUGAGUCAUAUGAAGAUCCGGGUGAAGCAAGCUAGCAUCGUGAAGCCAGCUGAGGAAACACCUAUACACAGUCUAUGGCUUUCCAAUUUGGAUCUGAUACAAGUGAGGUUUCACAUGGGCAUCCUCUACUUUUACAACCCUUGUUCCUCCUCAAGUCUUCCCAACACGCCAUCCCUCAUUGAUGCUCUGAGGAAGGUUCUUGUCCUCUUCUACCCUGCCGCUGGGAGGCUACAAAAGGAUAAGAAUGGGAGGUUGGAGGUCCUAUGCAAUGGAGAAGGAGUAUUGCUUGUAGAGGCUGAGACUGAUUCUACUAUUCAAGACGUUGGCUUACUCACUCAAGCUUUGGAUCUCUCUGAACUUGUACCUACUCUUGCCUACUCAGGAGACAUCUCCUCUCUGCCACUUCUUCUCUUUCAAGUUACAUAUUUCAAAUGUGGAGCCAUCUGUAUUGGAACCUUGAUACACCAUACAUUCGGGGACGCUGGCUCUCUUACAUGUUUCAUGGAAGCAUGGUCUAGAACUGCCCGGGGACUUCCCGUUACGCCAACUCCUUUCUUUGACCGCACAAUUCUCCGUGCACGAGACCCUCCCUCUCCUGUGUUUCCACACACUGAAUACCAACCACCUCCUUUUUACAAUCCUCCCGUGACAUCCUUGGCUUACAAAUCAAAUCCUGACUCCGAUUCUGGAGUUGUCAGUCUCAAGCUCACACGUCUCCAACUAAGAGCUCUUAGAGCCAAAACCGAGGUUGCUAAUCAUAAGUCGAUCAGCACAUAUGAACUUCUGGUGGCGCAUAUAUGGCGUUGUGCUUGCUUUGCGAAUGAAGAUUCAAGAGAAGAACACUUGACGAGGUUGCAUAUAAUACUUGAUGGGAGGUCAAGACUAGAACCUAAACUUCCACAAGGAUACAUUGGGAACGCUCUCUUUCAUGCUCGCCCCAUAUCCCUGCUGGGUGAUCUUCUGAGGGAGCCUUUCAGCAGAACAGUGGAGAGAGUUCAUGGAGAGAUAAGGAAAAUGGACAACGAGUAUUUGAGAUCAGCUAUUGACUGCCUAGAGAGACAUCCUGAUCUCGAUCAGUUGGUUCCUGGUGAAGGUAAUCCGAUCUUCAGCUGUGCAGCAAACUUCUGCAUCGUCAGUCUACGUAAGGAUACUUCUGCUUAUGAGUUGGAUUUCGGAUGGGGUAAGCCUUUCUUCAAGAGAACUUCACAUUUGAAUGAAGGGAAAGGUUUUGUAGGUAUGAGUUUAGACGAAGAAGGAAGCUUUAUUGUGUUCAUGUGCUUAAAGAAGACUCAGCUUAGUAAGUUCCGGAAGCUCUUCUAUGAGUUUCUCAAUGUAUCUGCGUUGUGAACUUUUCAUCUCAGUUGUGUUUGUGUGUUUAAAGAAAACUCAGAUUGGUUCAUGCCGCAAAAUCUCGAGUUUAAGUUAUCUUUAUAGUAAAUCACAUGUAAGGGUCAAUGAUUAUUAAGUAGUACAAACAUAUGUGAAAAGUAGUCUUAUACUAUGAAGAUCAGACUGCGCUCUCACAAAUGGAAGCUGAGGCCAAAUGAGCAUAUGCGGGUAUUUGGGUGGAUAACGAUGGGUUUAUAGCAGAAGGUCCUAACAUGAAUGUGGCGUUUGUGUUAAUGGUGGUAAGGAGCUUGUGAUGCCAUGGUUUGAUAACGUUGUGAGUGGGUGUACGUACACCAAGAGAACGAUUACACUCGCUGAACAGCUUGUAAGCAAGGGGAUGCUUAAAAGUGUGAGAAUUAUGGAUAUGACAGUUGAAGAUGGAAAGUAAGCUUAUGAGAUGAUGCUUCCUGGAAGCGGAGUUCUCGUCAAACCUGUAAUUCAAUGGGAUGAAGAAGUUAUUGCUGAUGGGAAAGAAGGUCCUAGCUAAGGCGCUACUGGAUCUGUUGCUGGAAGACAUGAGUUCUGGUCCACCACCUGUUCCUGUUCUUGUUCCAUACUGAGGCAAACCAUUCUCUUUGCUCACCAAAGACGAUCAACUUUGUUUUUAUUUAAUUGUUUUGCUGUUAUUGUAAGUUGAAGCUGUAUCCAAAACAUACAAUUCCAUUUAUCUAUAGUUGUAAAGGUUCACUUCUAAGUGGGACCCGUUUCCGACA